GUCGCACGCUCCGGCCCAGAAGGCGCUGCAGAGACCAACUCCCCGCGUCUGGACCGAGUCUGGGGCGUCAGUCCACCUGCAGAAUGAGCGUCCCUGCCGCGACCCCCAUCUUCGCGCCUGGAGAGAACUGCAGGCCCGCGUGGCUGGCGGCACCCGCGUCUUACGAUGCGUCGGACUCGUACUUGCAGAUCCUGGGCAAGCCAGUGAUGGAGCGCUGGGAGACCCCCUACAUGCACGCGCUGGCGGUCGCCGCCGCAUCCAGAGGGGGCCGGGUCCUGGAGGUGGGCUUCGGCAUGGCGAUCGCAGCAACCAAGGUGCAGGAAGCCGCCAUUGAUGAGCACUGGAUCAUUGAGUGCAAUGAUGGUGUCUUCCAGCGGCUCCAGGACUGGGCCCAGCGUCAGCCACACAAGGUGGUUCCCUUGAAAGGCCUGUGGGAAGAGGUGGCACCCACCUUACCAGAUGGUCACUUUGAUGGAAUCCUGUACGACACAUAUCCACUGUCUGAGGAAACCUGGCAUACGCACCAGUUCAACUUCAUCAGGGGCCACGCUUUUCGCCUGCUGAAGCCAGGAGGCAUCCUCACCUACUGCAACCUCACCUCCUGGGGGGAGUUGAUGAAAUCCAAGUACUCCAACAUCAGUACCAUGUUUGAGGAGACGCAGGUACCAGCACUGCUGGAGUCAGGCUUCCGGCGGGAGAACAUCCACACGCAAGUGAUGGAGCUGGUCCCGCCUGCUGACUGCCGCUACUAUGCCUUCCCACAGAUGAUCACACCCCUGGUCACCAAGCACUAAGUUUGGCAGCCACAAACUCAACCACCUAUGCCACACCCCCACUCCCAGUGCCUUUGGGGCGGGGAGCUCAGGCUCUGGCCUCAUAGCCCAAGUUCUAGUUGAGGCAGCACCAGCUGUGUGACCAUGGCCACCUUCCCUAACCUUGCCAGGGGACCAGUACCAGCCUCCUUCUGGGGUCAUAGGGAUGAAAAUGAAUGCUAACACUGGGCUAGGUAAUCACCAGCACAACGUAAAAGUAUACUUUCACUUACCCCUCCCAAUCCUCCAAAAAGAAAAAAGAGAUUUGUUGCCUGGCUGGUAUGGCUCAUUUGGUUGAGUGUUGUCCCAUAC